GCUGUCAGUGGUGGCUAUAGUUCCCAGUCAGUCUAUACAGACCACGAAGACCCUCUGACGGAAACCUAGCCAGACUAGAACUAGCCGCCUACCCUUCAUGAAUCUUCUAUGCCUUUGACAAUGGCUGCUGUAAGCGCUCUACUACUUCUACUGCCGGUAGCGUGGACUUGUGCCCCCCAGAAAGCAGACUAUGUGAUGGUGUCGUGUUUCCCCAAUGCCAUCAUUGCUAACGUCCCGGAGUGUCCCUACGGCUGGGAGAUCGGCCAGCUGUCCCUAGGGGGGCUGUGUUACAGCGGUGUCAACAGCCCAGGGUACUUUCGCUUCACCAUCCCUGACCUGACGCCCAAAAACAACUCGUACUGUGGCACUCACGCCGAGUAUAUUGGUGGUAAAGACCCCAAGUAUGUCUUCUACAACUCCAUUGUGUCCAAUGACACUUCACUAACAGUCAGAAACCAGCCGGUCAACUACACGUUCAGCUGCACGUACCGGGCCGCCUACUUGGUCAACAACGCCGUCUUCAGCCAAAGAGUGGCUACAGUUUUUGUCAGCAACGGGAGUUUAGGCACUUUUAGUUCACAGUUGUCUAUGAACGUAUUCACGAAUUCCAAGUUCCUGUAUGCCAAAGACGCCCCCUAUGUGAUUGACACAUCAGAGAUUGGCUCUGAAGUGUUCAUUGGGAUGGAAGCCAAAGGACUCAGCAACAGAUUCAAAGUGGUGAUAAGCAACUGCUGGGCGACACCCACUCCUUACUCAAUAGACAAGAAGAGGUGGAAUCUCAUCAUCAACAGCUGCUCGUAUGACAAAACUGUGACCAUUUUCGAGAACGCCAAAGACAGCCGCUCCAUGUUCAAGUUCAACUCCUUCCGCUUCCAGCGCCAGGAGAAGGUGUCCACUGUUUGGCUUCACUGCGAGGUUGGGGUUUGUGACGGGGAAAAACUAUCAUGUCAGCCAGGCCCGUGCACUGCCAGAAGCCUCCCUUCUGAAGCAGAGCCAAGUGGCGGUAUCCUCACCACAGAGUUCCACCUUAAAGCUAAUGAAUCUUCCAAUAAUGAACACAUCACAGGCACGUCUCUAUGUAUCCUGUGUAUAGUCCUGGUAAACACACUGUUGGGUUGUGUGAAUCUACCCAAAAUGUAGAAUAUAUAAAUGCAUUAGAACUGUAUGUGUGGACAGACUACUACACUUUUGGAGAGGAUAUGAAACUAUAUAGACAUGCUGGACACAUAUACUGACAAGAAUAUACACUACCGGUCUAAAGUUUGGAUACACCUACUCAUUCAAGGGUUUUUCUUUAUUUUUACUAUUUUCUACAUUGUAGAAUAAUAGUAAAGACAUCAACGCUAUGAAAUAAGACAUAUGAAAUCAUGUAGUAACCAAAAAAGUGUUAAACAAAUCAAAAUAUAUUUUAUAUAUGAGAUUCUCCAAUAGCCACCCUUUGCCUUGAUGACAGCUUUGCAUGCUCUUGGCAUUCUAUCAACCAGCUUCACCUGGAAUGCUUUUCCAACUGUCUUGAAGGCGUUCCCACAUAUGCAGAGCACUUGUUGGCUGCUUUUCCUUCAGUCUGCGGUCCGACUCAUCCCAAACAAUCUCAAUUUGUUUGAGGUCGGGGGAUUGUGGAGGCCAGGUCAUCUGAUGUAGCACUCCAUCAUUCUCCUUCUUGGUAAAAUAGCCCUUACACCACCUGGAGGUAUUGAAAAGCAAAUGAUAGUCCCACUAAGCCCAAACCAGAUGGGAUGGCGUAUCACUGCAGAAUGCUGUGGUAGCCAUGCUGGUUAAGUGUGCCUUGAAUUCUAAAUAAAUCACAGUGUCACCAUCAAAGCACCCUUACACCAUGAUAACUCCCCCAUGCCUUAUGGUGGGAAAUACACAGGCGGAGAUCAUUUGUUCACCCACACUGUGCGACUCACAAAGACACGGCGGUUGAACCAAAAAUCGCCAAUUUGGACUCCAGACCAAACAACAAAUUUCCACGGGUCUAAAGUCAAUUUCUCGUAUUUCUUGGCCCAGACAAGUCUCUUCUCAUUGGUGUUCUUUAGUAGUGGUUUCUUUGCAGCAAUUCGACUAUGAAGGCCUGAUUCACACAGUCUGAACAGUUGAUUUUGAGAUGUGUCUGUGACUUGAACUGUGUGAAGCAUUUAUUUGGGCUUCAAUUUCUGAGGCUGGUAACUGUAAUGAACUUACCCUCUGCAGCAGAGGUAACUCUGAGUCUUACAUUCCUGUGCCAAUCCUCAUGAGAGCCAGUUUCAUCAUAGCGCUUGAUGGUUUUUGCGACUGCACUUGAAGAAACUUUCAAAGUUAUUGAAAUGACUGACCUUCAUGUCUUAAAGUAAUGAUGGACUGUCACUUCUCUUUGCUUUUUUGAGCUGUUCUUGCCAUAAUGUGGAUUUGGUCUUUUACCAAAUAGGGCUAUCUACUGUAUACCCCUCUACCUUGUCACAACACAACUGAUUGGCUCAAAUGCAUUAAGGAUAGAAAUGACACAAAUUAACUUUUAAGAAUGCACAUCUGUUAACUGAAAUGCAUUCCAGGUGACUACCUCAUGAAUCUGGUUGAGAGAAUGCCAAGAGUGGUGUAUUUUUGAAGAAUCUCAAAUAUGAAAUUGAUUUUAGAUUUGUUUCACACUAUUUUGGAUACUACUUGAUUCCAUAUGUGUUAUUUCAUGGUCUUGAUGCCUUCACUAUCAUUCUACAAUGUUGAAAAUAGUAGAAAUAAAGAAAUACCCUUGAAUGAGUAGGUGUUCUAAAACUUUUGACCGGUAGUGUCUUUAAGUGCUAUCACACGUGGAAACAAAGAAACAUACAUGCACACAUGCUCAUCAGGUCUCAGGGAGUGUACGUACACAUUCCAUACUGUAUUAAGCUUUACAAACUGUGCAGUACAUUCACAGUGACAUUACAGUAACAUCCACCCAUGUUCUCAUCGCUUCUAGUUAUCAGUACAUACUUUUACAAUUCUAACAAUAUUCAUGUUUAAUGUAAUCUGCAGUACAAGUAUCCUGUUUCAAAAUAAUCAAAAAAGUAUAAUAAUUGUUCCCCAUUUGUCUAUUUUAUAUAAUAAAUUAAUUCUAACCUUGUUGACAAAAAGUACACAUCUCCACAUACAUGAAUUUACAUGUAACUACAUUCCAUUCAAACCUCGUAUAACAAAGGCAUGUGACAACAAAUGCCCUUUCUGCAAAUAAAUUAUUCUGCUAAGAAAUGACCAGUUGUCAUGUGAACAAAUCCAGAAACCGGUAAUGUGUUGACUAAUUCAUCUUUGUAUUAAUGUACUAAACAAGAUCAUUACUAGAAAAAUUAGCUGCCAUUAACAACCAUGUUGGCAAAAAAAAAUAAAGACUUUCAGUGUG